AUGCCUAAUAUAGAAAAAGUAAUUAUUUGUUUUUAAAUAGGGUUAUAGUUAUAAUUCAAUAGGAAAUUUGGAAAUUAGUAUAAUUGAAUCCACAUUAACAAGCGAUUUAAUGGAUUAAUAAAGCCUUAAAUUAUAAUUUAAAUUAUAGUUUUUGCUAUUUCAUGAAGGAUAAUAUAUUUGA